AUGGCGUCUUCAAAUUCUCUCAUGGACAGCUUAUUCCAGCGCAGCCUCGACGAUCUGAUCAAAGUUCUACGUCUCCAGCUACUCGGAGACUCUCCUUUCAUUUCCAAAUCCCUAGAAGAAAUCCGACGCGAAAUUAAAAUGACGGACCCCUCCACCAAAUCCGUCGCCCUCCAGAAACUGUCCUACCUCGCCGCACUCCACGGCGUCGAUAUGACCUGGGCAGCUUUCCACGCCGUCGAGGUCGUGUCUUCAUCUCGAUUCUCGCACAAGAGGAUCGGUUACCACGCCGUUGCUCAGUCGUUCAACGAUCAGACGCCGGUUCUGCUUCUGAUCACGAACCAGCUCCGAAAGGAUCUGAGCAGCUCCAACGAAUACGAAGUGAGUCUCGCUCUGGAAUGUUUGUCUAGGAUCGGAAACGAUGAUCUAGCUAGGGAUUUAACCACCGAGGUUUUCACGCUCUUGGGUAGUAGCAAAGCUUUCGUUAGGAAAAAAGCAAUCGGUGUGGCUUUGAAGGUAUUCGAUAAGUAUCCUGAGGCUGUGAAAGUAUGUAUCAAGCGCCUUGUUGAGAAUCUUGAGAGCUCUGAUCCGCAGAUUUUGUCAGCUGUAGUUGGAGUGUUCUGCGAACUCACCACGAAAGAUCCAGAAUCUUAUCUUCCUUUAGCUCCUGAGUUUUACAAGAUUCUUGUAGAUUCGAGGAACAAUUGGGUUCUGAUAAAGGUUCUUAAAAUGUUUGCUAAGUUGGUUUCGAUUGAGCCUAGGUUGGCUAAGAAGGUGGCUGAUCCUAUCUGUGAACAUAUGAGGAGAAAUGUGGGAAAGUCUUUGGUUUUCGAGUGUAUUAGAACUGUUUUUAGUAGCUUGAGCGAUCAGGAAACAGCUUUGAAGCUCGCGGUUGGGAAAAUUCGUGAGUUUCUUGUGGAAGAUGAUCCGAAUCUCAGGUAUCUUGGACUUCAUGCGUUGUCGAUUGUUGCUCCAAAGCAUUUGUGGGCAGUUUUGGAGAACAAAGAAGCUGUCGUCAAGGCUAUGAGCGAUGAGGAUCCGAAUGUAAAACUGAAGGCUUUGCAUCUUUUAAUGGCAAUGGUGAAUGAAGAUAACGUUUAUGAGAUCUCUCGGAUUCUUAUGAACUAUGCACUAAAGUCUGACCCUUUGUUCUGUAACGAGAUCAUUAGAUCCAUUUUACUAGCAUGCUCCAGGAACUCAUAUGAGAUUGUACUUGACUUCGAUUGGUACUUGUCUCUUCUCGGUGAAAUGGCUAGAGUCCCUCAUUGUCAAAGAGGGCAAGAGAUUGAGCAUCAGUUGAUUGAUAUUGGCAUGAGAGUCAAAGAUGCUAGACUGGAGCUAGUUCGUGUUUCUCGAGCGCUGCUUAUUGAUCCUGCAUUGCUUGACAAUCAGUUUUUGCACCCGGUAUUGUCUGCAGCUGCUUGGGCUUCAGGAGAAUAUGUGGACUUCUCUAAGACCCCUUGUGAGAUUGCAGAGGCGCUUCUACAGCCACGCACUUGUCUCUUACCGCCUUCCGUUAGAGCAAUCUACAUACAUUCCGUUUUCAAAGUUCUUGUCUUCAGCCUCAGAGCAUACUUCUCAGCUCAAGAGCCUGCUUCAUCGCCCUUGGUGAAUGGUUUCACAUACAAAUCUAUCUCGAGUCUGGUUAAUAUGAUGGAGUUGGGAUUGUGCUCGUUAUCUGGAACAAUUGACGUGGAAGUGCAGGAGAGAGCUAAGAACGUUCUAGGAUUCAUUGGUAUGAUAAAGAAUGAAAUAGAUGAGAAAGUAACCUCUCGAGACAGUGAAACAGAAGCUUCGAGAGCCAUAGCGUUCAUGGAAGAUGCUUUCUCAGAAGAGCUUGGCCUUGUUUCUUCAACUGCACAGGAAAAAGUUCCUCUACCAGAGGGGUUAGAGCUGAAAGAGAAUCUUGAAGAUCUGCAAGAGAUUUGCAGAGAAGCUCUCGAACCAGUUGUCGACUCAAAUUCAACUUCUGUCUCAUCAUCAGACAAAAUCAGCUUCUCUGUUGCUAGACUCAGAAUCAGAGAUCAACAAGAAGCCUCAUCUUCUUCAUCACCUCCGGUUGAAUCUACAUCUUUACUCGCGGAACACAGAAAACGACAUGGCCUCUACUAUCUAUCCUCUCAGAAGAGCGACGACCGCAACGAUAGCAAUGGCAACACACCGCAUGAAUAUCCACCAGCGAAUGAGAUAUUUGUGGACUCGUUUAAACCCAAGAAAAAGAUGAACCAAUCAAAGCCAAGACCUGUAGUGGUGAAACUAGACGAACCAAAGACGAAGCCAGACGCUAAUAGUAACGAUGAGCCUUUGUCACGUGCGAUCCAAACCGCUCUUAUGGGGAAAGGGAAGGAGAAGGAGAGAGAAAUAGACAACCACAAGAAUUAUCUUGAUUCAGGGAUUAUCAUAGAACAAAGCUCGAGAAGAGAGAAGAAAAAGAAACAUAAUGGGGAGAGAAGUAGUAAGCAUAGAUCACGACGACGAAGAGAUGAAGAAGAAGGCGCAACGAAACCAGUCGAAAUCCCAGAUUUACUCUUGUGA